UGUCCAUUUUUUCUCCCGCUUCGUCUUAAUACCUUCCUUUUAUUAUUUACCUUUUUAACAUUUUUAUGAUUGAAUUACGACUGUGUUUGCCAUGCAGCCUCAGUGAUUUUAGCCAGCUGUAUGGAGAAGGACCUGUUUUCGGCCAUCGCAUCAGAAAAUUAUAGUCGUGCUAAGGAACUUGGUUUGAGUGGAGCUAGAGCAGAUCAGUUAGAAGAUGGCAUUACUGCUCUCCAUCUGCUGGCUGGGCAAGAGGAUCAGGAAGCUUCAGAAGUUUUGGAAGUUUGUUUGAGGUCUGCAGAUCCCAAUGUCAGAUCUAAUGAGGGAAUGUCACCAGUUCAUGUUGCUGCUCUCUGGGGAAGGCUGAACAAUUUAAAAUUACUGAUAAACCAUGGAGGUGAUCUCAAUCAAACAGAUGAUGAAGGACAAAAUGUUCUGGAUUUUGCCUCCCUGUCAGAAGGGACAAGUGCAAAACAGUGUAUCGAAUUUAUAUUGGAAGUUGAGUCAAACACAACCUUGGAUGAAUCAAGAACAUGUAAUCCUGUAAAAAAAUGGGAUGGAAUGGAACACAAACAGCCAGUUGGUGAAGUCAGUUGUGGAUUCAGUGAGUCAUUUUACACAGCAAUUGCAGAAGACAGUUUGCUUGACCAGACAGUAAUUACAUUUCCAAACUUGCAUCCUUGGCUUGCUGCUGGUGUUUCUUCAGGUGAAUUGGAUGAAACUGUGGUUGAUAAGAUUACAGAACUAAAUAUCUCCAGUAACAGUCUUGAAGAUCAUGAUGAAACUGUAGAAGAAGGUGCAGUGCAGUGGCUGGAACAUACGAAUUAUCAAGGGAAUGAUUUAGAUGACGAAGAUCCUGCAGAGUUUGAUUUUGGCAAUAGCACCCUAUUUUAUGACUGGAAGGAGUGCAGCACAAUAUUGGACCAGUCUCUUAUCAAUAAAUCCAUUUGUGUGCCUGAGAGUCUUAACAGAAUUUCCAACGGUGAUCUUAGGAAAGAACUUGAGAGAUAUGGAGAAAUACCUGGUCCAAUCAUGCAAAGCACCAGAAAUGUCUAUAUAAAGCGGUUAGCUCGACUACAGAGUGGUUCAACAGAUUCAAAGGAAUCAAUAUAUAGGGAAUAUUUACCAGAGCUAAGAAGACAAUUGGAAGGGAGAGCGGAGAUACUGGAUUUGUUUGAAGAGGAAGAAUCUAUGUGUGUGGAAUUCAGCUGUAAAAAGAAUUGGAGGGAGGGCACUGAGAAGUCUUCCUUUAACUAUCUACUCAUUGAUCCGCGCGUCACACAAAAUCUACCAACGAGAUCCAAAAAGAUGAGUCCGGAGGAUGUCUUCAGAGUGUUUAUCUUGGCCAUAUUCUACGUGGGAAAAGGAAAGCGAUCUAGACCUUAUGCACAUCUUAAUGAAGCCAUGAACUUUGCAAAGCAAAAUCCCAAAAUUCAGCAAAUCCGUGAUAUUUGGGCCGCUGGGCUCGGUGUUGUGUCGCUUCAUAUCUUUCAAAGUGUCAUUCCAGUGGAGGCAUACACGAGGGAGGCGUGCAUGAUAGAUGCACUUGGCCUUCCCCGAUUAACAAACAAGAAAAGGGGAGAUUAUUACGGAAGGGCAGCGUGUUGGCCUCCAAAGAAAAAGAGAGAAAUGGGGGUAUUUCUUCUUCAAAGGGCCCUCAAAAUAUUACUUAGUGAAGGAGAGAGACAACUGCGCCCUGAAGAUUUCAGAAUAAAGCAUAACUCUUAGAUCAGCCCUCCAUGGCCAGCAUUUCACAACUUUUUCACGUUUCCUCGCAAAUACUAUUUGUCUUUACUCCCUUUCAUAGGCGUAACUUUUAUCAAAUUUUGUUUGUCGUCAACCUAAUUUUUAACCUAUUAACGCGUACUUAUUCUGGUGUUUCAAACCGGAUGUCAUUCAGCUAUUUUUAACUGAGUUGUACUCCUUCGUUUUCCAAACGUGUUGAGCCAGCUUUCGAAACAAAUUUCUGACGGUUUCUAGUUUUGUAAUUUUGCUUUAUUUGUCUUUACACUUUUUUAAGUUCAUACAGUCAUUCCCCUUUUUUUCGGUGUUCAUCACCAACCUUGUAAAUAGCACCAUUGUCGAAAGAAAUCUGUUUCCUUUGCUGUCACUUUUAGCGUUUUGUAGGUUAAUAUAUUUUUUCACUCUGCCUGAAAGGCGAUUUUAUUUUCAAAUUUAAGCAAGGAAAAGAAUCAUACGCAUAAGUUAUGAAAAAUUACUUUAAAGUGAAUCUUUAAGUAAACCAUGUCCGCAGAUGAGAAAUCGUGGAAAAUUCAGUACUUUGCGCAAGCGUAGUAACUCGUUUCGCUCAUUCUUUUCAUUAGUCGAGAUUUUGUGAAGCGCGGCUUUCAUCAGGGACCAUUAAAAAUUCAGCAAAGAAAAACUGCUGAUAUAUUUGAGCGCUUCAAGCAAGAAAUUAGAUAGUAAGAAGCAGGAGCCAAAAAUAUUAGUUUUAUGCUUUUUUUUAAUUCGAUCCUUUUUUAGUCAUUUUACUUGAUAUUUACAGUGAAAAUUGUAGUUAUUUUAGAAUGGUUUUCCUAUCUCACCCAAUAGAGAGUUAUUACAUGUAGGAUAACUAAGUUUCUCAAAGAAAAUGACUAGUUGUAAAUUAAAAUAGAGUGGAAAAAAAGACUUGUAAAGUUUUACAGAUAGAAGCUUAUAUUUUUUCAGAUUUUAGCCAAUGUAGUUUUAACUUUAAUAAACAGAUGAGAAUUUGAAAGACAAGUCAA